AUGGUUGAACCUAUACUUGACCAAGGUGUUGGUUGGGGAAUCAUUCUCGGUUUUGGUGGUUUCUUCGCCAUCGUAAUGACAUUAUUGACAUUUGCACAAAAGCGUUAUCUAAGAGAAUUUCAAACAAGUGAAAUGUUUAUGACUGCUCAUCGUAGUGUGAGAACUGGAUUGGUUGCUUCGGCUAUUGUUUCUGCUUGGACUUGGGCGGCUACUUUAUUGCAAUCUUCUACUGUCGCGUAUAAAUAUGGUGUUUCUGGACCUUUCUGGUAUGCCUCCGGUGCCACCAUUCAAGUCUUACUUUUUGCUAUUCUGGCUAUUGAACUUAAACGAAAAGCUCCACAUGCUCAUACUUUCCUUGAAAUUAUUAAUGCUCGUUAUGGAAAACCUGCUCAUAUCGUAUUCUUGUGCUUUGCGUUGGCUACAAACAUGGUCGUAACUGCCAUGUUGUUACUUGGUGGUUCCGCUGUGGUUCAUGCUCUUACUGGCGUCCAUACUUUUGCUUCUUGUUUCUUACUUCCACUUGGUGUGCUUAUUUACACCUUAUUUGGUGGUAUCAAAGCGACUUUCUUAACAGAUUAUGUUCAUACCACUGUAAUUUUUAUCGUCCUUCUUUCCUUCGUAUUCACCGUAUAUUGUACUUCCUCUCAAAUUGGUUCUCCUGAUAAAAUGUACGAUCUUCUCGAUGCUGCUGCUAAAAGAAAUGGUGGUGUUCCAGAUAAUGCUGAAGGAUCUUAUUUAACAAUGUCUUCAUUACAAGGUUUAGUUUUUGGUAUAAUCAACAUUGUUGGAAAUUUUGGAACUGUAUUUGUUGAUAAUGCUUAUUGGCAAAGAGCUAUUGCUGCAAGACCAAGUUCAACUGUUCAUGCUUAUUUAAUUGGUGGUUUAGCAUGGUUUGCAAUUCCAUUUACGUUAGCCACAACAAUGGGACUUGCUGGUAUCGCUGUUUUAGACCCAAAUACAUUGCACCCCAGUGAUGUCUCUGCUGGAUUGGUACUUCCUUUGGCUGCUAGUCAACUUAUUGGUAAAGCUGGUGGUUUUGCCGCUUUAGUACUUGUAUUCAUGGCUGUCACUUCUGCUUCUUCAGCCGAACUUAUUGCCGUAUCUUCUAUUUAUACUUAUGACAUAUAUCGUACUUAUAUUCGCUCUGAGGCAUUAGGAAGUCAAGUAAUUAAUCAUUCUCAUUAUUCCGUUAUAGGAUUUGGUAUAUUAAUGGGUGGGCUGGCUGUCAUUCUUAAUUACAUUGGUGUAGAUUUAGGAUAUAUGUAUUUGCUUAUGGGUAUUAUAUCUUCACCUGCCGUCUUUCCUGUGGCAUUCACAAUAACAUGGAAAAAACAACCUGCUAUGGCUGCUAUCUUUUCUGCAAUUUUCGGUCUCAUAUGUGGUCUUAUAGCUUGGUUAGUUACUGCCCAACAACUUUAUAAUGAAAUUACUCUUAUAUCUACUGGUCAAAAUUAUCCUAUGUUGGCUGGAAAUUUAGUAUCUAUCUUAGUUCCAUUGUUUAUAACUUUAAUUUGGUCAUUUGCUUUCCCUGAUGAUUUCGAUUUCGAUAUUACUCGUACCAAAUUACAAAUUUUAACUGAUGAUGAAGUUGAUGAAAACUUUAGACAUGUUGAUGAUUCUGAAACAGAUCCCCACAAAUUAAAAAAAGCAUUCAAAUUUGCUCUUUGGAGUAGUAUUGCUUUAACCCUCAUAUUAGCUAUUAUUUGGCCAAUACCUAUGUACCUUUCAAGAUAUGUUUUCUCUAAACCCUUCUUCACUUUUUGGGUGGCUUUAAGUAUGAUUUGGGCGCUUUGUGGAGCUAUAGCUGUUGCUAUUUUCCCAGUGUUUGAGGCCAGACAUAGUAUCUAUAGAGUUAUUGAAGGUGUCUUUUUUGAUAUUAGUGGGAAGAGAAAAGUUGAACAAGAAGAAAUUGAAAUCAAACAAGAAGAAAUUGAAAUCAAACAAGAAACAACCAAUAAUGAAAAAGUUUAA